GUGCGACAGGUAUUGGCCAAUCGACAUCGACCAUCCAGAGAAAUACGGGGACAUAGAGGUGACUAUGUUAUCCGAAACUACUCUCGCCCAUUACAACGUCAGGACGAUGCAAGUUCGGAAGGGAGAAGAAGUCCGGCAACUAUCUCAUAUACACUACGUCGCUUGGCCUACUCAUACGAACCCCUUUCCAUGUUCUCUCCUCGACUUCCGGCGUAGGGUGAAGAUCUAUCUCAGCCAGUAUCCUGACAACGGCCCCCUGAUCGUCCACUGCAGUGACGGUUGCGGUCGAACGGGUGCCUACAUCUGUAUCGAUUCGAAUCUGGAUUUGGCAGAGGAAGAUGCGGUGUAUGAUGUAUACGGUUACGUUAAAAGUCUGCGCAACGCCAGGAGGGGGAUGAUAGAAGACGUGAAUCAGUAUAAGUUUAUUUACGAGACCCUAGAAGAAGCAUUGAUCAGCGGUCAGACAUGGUUUCCUGUUUCAGAGAUCUCCCAGAGGAUGAAGCAGAAGUCAGUCAAAAAUCCCAUCACCAGGCAGAAUGAAUAUCAGCGAGAAUAUCAGAAAAUUUGCAAAACGUCUGCCAAGUUCACAAUAGGCGACAGGGCCGGUGGUCAUAGGCUGGAAAACAGAGAUAAAAACAGAACUAUUUCGACUGUUCCACCUGAUAACUUUCGGCCCUACCUGUCUUCCUUCCAAAGCAACGACAGUACAGAUUACAUUAAUGCUGUUUUUGUAGAUGGUUAUCUUCGCUCCAAAGAAUUCAUUGUGACCGAGUGGCCUAUGACUCAUACAGUUCCAGACUUUUGGUCACUUGUGUAUGACCAUGAUUGCAAUUCCAUCAUUGUGUUGUGUGAUCACCCACCAUCCAAUAGUUACCCGCAGUUUUACCCCUCCGAAAAAGAAAAGGUGAAGAAGUUUGGCCCAGUGUUCACCAUUGAGACCGUUUCCUACAGUACCCUCCCCAACAUAAAAUCCUGGAUUUUCAGGAUACUGAAAAAGGUCGUCUCAUUGACCGAGUUGAUGUCCGGAGUGAAAGCCGAGCCAAAGACGACACAAUUGUUUUUUAUCACCUGUUGGCCCUUAGGGCACAAGGUCCCUACCUCCACCAAUUCCCUAGUAGAGCUCAUGAACAUGGUAGAGAGGUGGAGACAGAGGACCUCCUAUGGACCUGUACUCCUCGUGUCAAGUAACGGAAGGAGUCGCGUGGGGGUUUACUGCGCAGCUAGCAUAGCCAUCGAACAAGCCAUCGAACACGAAGAAGUGGACGUUUUCACAGCAGUCAAAGUUGUGAGGAGGCAUCGGCCGCAACUCGUUGAAAACAUUACGGAGUACAAGUACUGCUAUGAUUUGCUUCUGAAUUAUAUCAUGAACUACCAUCAUAAGGGCUGAAAUACAGAUGAGUCCCUCCAUGUUCAACCAAUGACCAACAAGCAGAAAUAAUUUCUCGAAUCUCGGUGCCUACAAAAGAGCGAACAGCGUACAUCCCAGAGGAGAUUCGAUGCCCUCGAUCCCCAGUUAUCCAAGGGUCCACUUCUACACAUUUAUUAUUCCUAUAUUUUUUCUGCAUUUCCUUUUUUAAACGUACUGCCCGGGGUCGUGUUCUGCAAUAAACCCUGGUUUCACGAAUGAUGUCAGAACGGUGCAAGUUAUAUGAACUGUUGCAAAUGGAAGGUUGAUGUGUAGUUGUUAUCAGCACUUGACUGUGCAAAGUGUGAAGCAAAGUGUUUUAUAUAAUUUCAUUUUCUUUGUUCAUACCAAAAAUCUAUAAGCAAAAAUGAAAAAAUUCUAUAAAAUUUCUUAGAG